UAUGAAUUAGAGAAAAACGAUUUACUACCUCAUUCUCUUCAUUGAAAGAAAAAAAAGAUUUAAUAUCAAAUCUUCAAAAUAAAUGGUCAAUUUACUUGCAACACGUAACUAAAAUUGUCUAAAUAAUUCCAAAAAUGGCAGACUCAGAUGUAGUGGAUUUGGAUUUAACCAUUGAUGAUUUAGUUCCUAAAAGCACAGAGAGGUUGGCUGAAGAAAAGAAAGAAAGUGGCAAUCAUUUAUAUAAAUUCAAAAAUUACAAAGGUGCACUUGUUAUGUAUGAUGAGGCAAUAAACCUAUGUCCUGAUAAUGCUGCUUACUAUGGAAAUAGAUCUGCUUGUUAUAUGAUGCUGGGCAUGUAUAAGAAAGCUUUAGAUGAUGCUCAGAAGGCUGUUUCUUUGGACCCUACAUUCACAAAAGGCUACAUUCGUAUAGCAAAAUGUUGCAUUGCUUUAGGUGAUAUGUCUAGUGGGGAGCAGGCUGUCAAUAAAGCAAAAGAAUUAGGUGGGGCAGAAUGCGCAACCAGUGAACGACGUGCCUUAGAGUCCCUAAGGAGAUUACAUGAAGAUGCUCAACGCGCAAUGGAGGCUCGUGAUUAUCGCCGCGUAGUGUUCUGCAUGGACCGUUGCCUUGACUAUAGCCCUUCAUGUGCCAAGGCGAAGCUCACGAAAGCCGAAUGUUUGGCAAUGCUUGGGCGUUGUCAGGAAGCUCAAGAAAUUGCUAACGAUUCUUUACGGUUUGAUAGUUUAGAUGCCGAAGCUAUAUAUGUACGAGGAUUGUGCCUUUAUUUUGAGGAUAAGGAUGAGCAAGCUUUUAAACACUUCCAACAAGUUUUGCGGCUUGCUCCAGAUCACAAAAAAGCUAUUGAAACAUAUAAAAGAGCUAAAUUACUGAAACAAAAGAAAGAAGAAGGUAAUGAAGCUUUUAAAAUGGGACGUUGGCCACAAGCCCUUUCUCGUUACAACGAAGCGUUGAAUAUAGACAAAAACAAUAAAGCAGUCAAUGCUAAGUUGUACUUUAAUAAGGCAACGGUAUGUGCUAAACUUAAUCAAACAAUAGAAGCCGCUAAAGCGUGCACAGCAGCGCUAGAACUCGACGAGAAUUAUGUAAAGGCGUUGCUUCGUCGCGCAAAAUGCCACACUGAACUUGGCAAUUAUCAGGAUGCAGUGAAGGACUAUGAAAGACUAUACAAAAUAGACAAAAGCAAAGAAAAUAAGCAGAUGCUGCAUGAAGCCAAAAUUGCGCUCAAAAGAUCUGAACGAAAGGAUUACUAUAAAAUUCUAGGAGUGGCGAAAACUGCGUCCGUAGACGAUAUUAAAAAAGCUUACAGGAAGCGCGCCCUGGUGCACCACCCGGACCGGCACGCGGGCGCUCCGGACACUGAGAGGCGCGAGCAGGAGCGCCGCUUCAAGGAGGUGGGCGAGGCGUAUGGCGUGCUCAGCGACCCCAAGAAGCGCGCGCGCUACGACCACGGACAGGACCUGGGCGAAGACGGCGGAGACAUGGCUGAUAUCGACCCGAAUGUGGUAUUCCAGUCAUUUUUCAAUCCCAGUAGACAAAACUUUAAUUUCUCUUCAGCUGGUGCAUUCCCGGCUUCUGGAUAUUCCUUUCAAUUCGGUUAAGUACAUGAUUAUGUAAUUAUUAUAUUAUAUAUUAUGUAAUAUAAUAUGAUAACGAUCAAUAGUAACAAAACAUUCUUAAUUCAAGAAUCGACAUUUUAUACAAAAUUUAAAAUUUAUUUACGCAAUAAGUAACUUGGACAAAUUGUAUAAUAGACUUUAAUGAGUCUUUUCUUCAUUCCAUCGCGAAUUUGAUACCAUAUUUUUUUUUAUAAAGUUCCCGCAUCACUUGGUUGAAAUCAUUCCUUAUUCUUUGUAUAAAAUUAAUUAUUAGGUAUUCCAAAUAUAAUUAAUAUUAUUUAGAUAAGCAGUGAUUUCUGUGCAAGAUAUCAUAUAUAAUAAAUGUUUACUCUGUUUUAUCAUUACAAAACUUAGUAAUAAUUAUAACGUUGACUGAUUUAGUUAAGUAACAUUUUCCCUAUCCUUUCACUCUGUGUGUUGUGUGAACGGUUUUGUUGAUAUAUAAUGGAAGGGAAGAUAAUUCGAUGGGUUCAUUUAUAAAUUAUUAUUUUAAUUUAGGUCCAGAAUACCUACUUAAAAUGAUAACCGAUUCUUUAUUGGAUCAAUUGUAUAGUCAACUUAUUUUCGAACUAUCUUGUUCUAUUAAUGCAAAUUACUCUAUUAUGGAAAUGGCCUUCUGUUGCCAUUUUUAUAAUCAAGUGUUCUGUACUUCACCUAUUAACAUGUACAACCAGCAUACCAUAAAUGUGUUGGAAUAUUAACAUGAUGUAAAAUAAAACUUAAUAUUGUAAUUACAUUUUGUUUGAUUGAAAUACACAUGUGGAUUAAAAAGUUUUAUAUUUUAUAAAACUUUUUUUUUUGCGUACAACAAAGUUACAACGCAGAUUCAAAAAAAAAUAUUUGCCAUAGUAUACUUUAUGUUAUGUUAUUUUGUUAAAUUUGCUACCUUUCAGACAUGCUGUUCCAUUCCAUCUACUGUGCCUAUUAAAAACAUUUUUAUUAAAGCAGUAGAAAAUGUGAAAUGUAAUUCAAGUAUACACUAAAGUACGUGGAGUGUAGAACUCUACAAUUAGGAACACUAUGUCGUCAAUUCCUUUAUACAAUCCAUUCUUGUAACCGUUCCCGUAAAAUAUUUUUAUGUAAUAAGAUCUGGCUUUUGCCCUUUAACACCGCUAUUGAACGAUCUUGAUGUUGGUACUUAAAUACAACUGACGAGACUUCUUAAUAAAAGCUAAUUUUUGCUUUUCUAUCUAUAAUAUAUAAAUAGUACCUACCUAAUCAAAAUCAUUCAAUUUUAAAUAACUUAGAUCUGUUAUAAUUCGCAUACCAAUAAAAUAAUUAG